AUCGAAGAACAUACGCCUCCCUUUCUUCGUCGCCGAACUUCGGCCACCCACAGCCUCCCUUUCCCUCUCCAGAAGUCACCUUUCACCGGAGCACCGUACCUCACCAUCUUUCCUAGAAGCAGAUUCGUGACUGCUAGCAGCCAUGCCUAAACAUUACAGGCCUCCAGGGAAGAAGAAGGAAGGGAACGCCGCCAGAUACAUCACUAGGUCGCAAGCUGUUAAGGACCUGCAAGUCAGUCUUUCCGUGUUCAGGAAAUUAUGUAUCUUCAAAAAAGUUUUUCCUCGAGACCCGAAGAAAAAAGUGAAGGGAAACCACCAUACCUAUUAUCACAUGAAAGAUAUUUUGGGUCUUAAACAUGAGCCACUUCUUGUCAAGUUUCGUGAGACUAGGACAUAUGAGAAAAAGAAAAAGAAAGCAAUGUCUAAGAAGAACAAAAAUCUUGUUGAAUGCGUGUCGACACGCAAGCCUUCUUACACACUUGAUAGGCCUAUCCUUGAGAGGUAUCCAACAUUCAUUGAUGCAUUAAGAGUUUUGGAUGAUGGACUCACCAUGGUGCAUCUUUUUGCUGCAUUACCUGCUAUAGAAAGGGAAAACAUUCAAGUAGAAAGAAUCCAUAACUGUAGAGGGUUGAGUCUUGAGUGGCAAGCAUAUGUCUCUCGCACACAUAAAUUGCGAAAGGCUUUCAUAUCUGUGAAAGGCAUAUAUUACCAGGCAGAGGUUGAAGGGCAAAAAAUCACAUGGUUGACACCUCAUGCACUACAACAAGUAAUGCCUCAAGAUGUAGAUUACAAGAUCAUGCUUACAUUCUUGGAAUUAUAUGAGAAUCUCCUUGGUUUUGUUAAUUUUAAACUCUACAAUUCGAUUAAUUUGAAAUAUCCACCUAUCCUUGAUCCUCGACUGAAAUCUUCAGCUUCAGAUUUAUAUGCUUUGACAAGGUAUGUUGAAAAUGCUGGUGAUGAGAAUGAAGAUGAUAAAGAAACAAGAGCAUGUAAAACCCUUUUCAAAAAACAUGACAUUCUUCUUGAGUCGUGA